UUUUCACUGCUCAGAUUCCCGGGAUUUUCACUGCUCAGAUUCCUGGGAUUUUCACUGCUCAGAUUCCCAGGAUUCAUUAAGAGAGUUGGAGGGAUCCACUCUGCUUUCCCGGGAUUUUCCCUCUGCCUUCCCGGCAUCCAUCCAUGGACGAAUCCGGGUGAGAAUUCCCACCUUCCCGCAUCCAACGGCCGCCGCUUUUCCCGGUUUUCCCAGCGCUCCCACCUGGGCCAGGGCACCCGGACCAACAUCUACGAGGGGAUCCUGAGCGUCUGCGGGAAUUCCGGGAAUGACGAGGAGGAUUUUUCCGUGGAGCAGAACAACAACAACGGGCGGGAGAUGCGGGUGGUGCUCAAAGUGCUGGAUCCCAGCCACAGGGACAUCGCCCUGGCGUUCUUCGAGAGCGCCAGCCUGAUGUCCCAGGUGUCCCAUGUCCACCUGGCCUUCGUGCACGGCGUCUGCGUCCGCGGCUCCGAGAACAUCAUGGUGGAGGAGUUUGUGGAGCACGGGCCGCUGGACGUGCUGCUCCGCAAGGAGAAGGGCAGGAUCUCCGUGGGCUGGAAAAUCACCGUGGCCAAACAGCUGGGGAGCGCCUUGAGCUACCUGGAGGAUAAAAACCUGGUCCAUGGGAAUGUGUGUGCCAAGAAUAUCCUGCUGGCCAGGAAAGGGCUGGAGGACGGAUCCGUGCCCUUCGUGAAACUCAGCGAUCCCGGGGUCAGCUUCACCGUGCUCUCCCGGGAAGAGCGUGUGGACAGAAUCCCCUGGAUCGCUCCGGAAUGUAUUCGGGAUAUCGGGAACCUCAGCACGGCCUCGGAUAAAUGGAGUUUUGGGACAACUCUCCUGGAAAUCUGCUUCGAUGCCGAUGUCCCGCUGAAGGAACGCACUCCCUCCGAGAAGGAGCGUUUUUAUGAGAAGAGGCAUCGGCUGCCGGAGCCUUCCUGCCGGGAAUUGGCCUCGCUGAUCUCCCGGUGCCUCAACUACAGCCCCGGGGAGCGGCCGUCCUUCCGAGCCGUCCUNNGCUCCCUCACAGACCUGGUGGACGUCUCGUCGGUGAAUCCCGAUUUCCCGGUGUCGGAUCCCACCGUCUUCCAGAAGCGGUACCUGAAGAAAAUCCGGGAGUUGGGAGAGGGUCAUUUUGGGAAGGUGAGCCUGUGCUGCUACGACCCCACCAACGACGGCACUGGGGAAAUGGUGGCGGUGAAAUCCCUAAAAUCUGGGAGCAGCCCCCAACUCCAGAGCUCCUGGAAAAAGGAAAUCCAAAUCCUGAAGAAUUUAUACCACGAAAACAUCGUCAAGUACAAGGGGUGCUGCAGCGAGCAGGGGGAUAAGGUGGUGCAGCUGAUCAUGGAAUACGUCCCGCUCGGAAGCCUCCGGGAAUUCCUGCCCAAACACCCCCUGAGCCUCUCCCACCUCCUGCUUUUUGCCCAGCAGAUCUGUGAGGUGAGCCCAGAUCCCAAAAAAAUGGGAUUAUUCCCAAAAAAAACGGGGGGAACAAGUCAAAAAUGGGGGUUACAGCCCCAAAAUGGGGCUGAGUUCCCCAAAAAAAUGGGGUUGGAGCUUUUGGAAAUGGGGUUGGAUGCCCAAAAAAUGGGGCUGAAUUCCCAAAAAAUGAGUCUGAAAUCCCAAAAAUGG